AGCAUUUUUUGUUUUUAAGAAAGAGGUUACUACUUUAACAUAAGAGUAUAUGUUACGUUAUUUAUGACAUAAAGUGUUGAAAGAUGGCAGUGCAAGUGCAAGGAAGGUUUGGGGUAUGGAACAGAAAUGGCAUAGGAAUAGUACGGUGUUCGAGCGACGAAGAUAAACUGAAAGUGAAAGAGGCGGUAGUGUGGUCACCUGCGAAGGAAUUGGCGACGAAAUUUGAGCGGCGGCUUCUUGUGGGAAUAGGUUCAGCUUCACUUGUAGCUUUAGGUGCAAAUUUUUGUGGCAUCACGAGUUUUUUGUUAGGUUUGUCUCCACAGAAUGGUCGUAAGCUGAAGCUAGACGUGCUUUAUCCUAUCGGCGGUUACACCCGUUAUAUUGACACGAGAGAGGGGUUCGAAUUUAUAUACCCGAAGAAUUGGGUUGGAGAUCAGACACUGCUGUAUCGAGCUGCUAAAAAAAGAGAAAUGGAACUAUCAUUGGAUCCUCCGCCGCUGAAUUUACGGCCACGUUCUAAUGUCACGGAACCAGUUGUUGCAUUUGGUCCCCCGGGUUCCAACGGGGAACUCAAUCUAAGUGUAAUUGUUUCGCCAGUUGCUCAAGACUUCUCGAUUGAAGCAUUUGGAAGCCCGCAGGAGGUGGGGGAAGCUGUAAUUCGAACCAUAACAGGAUCUGGGCAGCGCCCGGACUUAAAGGGAACAUUGAUAGAAUCAAGUUUAAGAGAAGACCCUGCUAUAAAUGCCAAAUAUUAUGAGCUAGAAUUCAAAGUUGAGAGCCCCUCUUUCCGGCGACAUAAUGUUUGUGUCUGCUGUGCUCGUGGUGGUAAACUUUUUACGUUAAAUGCCCAGGCACCUGAAUCAGCCUGGCCUGGGAUGAAGUCAGAUUUCUAUGCAAUCGCUGAUUCGUUCAAUCUCACAAGUUAGUGAUUCGUGUAAAGCUUUAAUAGAAGAAAGAGUGGUAGUUUCUUGAGCCGGGGCCAGGAGUACAAGUUAAAUAUAUAUCCAAUGCUAAGGUUUUGAUUUGCUUAGCUAUGUUUGAUCUAUGUGUGAUACCUGGCUGUUGCGAAUUCUGAACCCAAAACGUUUGACUCAAAGGUCAACACGCUCAAAUAGAAAUAAACUUGUGACUUCAUAUAUAUUUACUAAAUUACAUGUUUCUAUUCCACUUUCUGAAAUAAAAUACAGAUCUGACAUUUCUCAUUA